CUUCUUAUUCCAUCUUUUUUACUAUAAAUAAACUAUUUCUCAUUCAAUCCAUAUUUCCCACACCAAAAUAUGAUAACUCUCUCUCUCUCUCUCUCUCUCAUAGUUUUUUUUUUGGUUUCCUUUUGGUGGGUUUAUAAUUCUUUCUUGCGUCUCUACUAUAGGUUAUAUCAAUCUCCCAGAAUUAUUUUUCCAAGGUCGGUAUGCAGAAGCACCAAGUUGUUCCAAAAUUUGUUGCCAACUGCAACAACUCAGACCCUGGUAGUCCAAUAAUUCGUGAAGAAAGAAAACAAUCAAUAAAAGAGUCAACUUCCAUUGCAUCACUUUUUCCACCCAACAACUCUGACACUGAUGAUGAUAGUUCAGAGUCCAAUGAAACACCUCCGAGAUUUUCUCAUUUUUCCAAUUCCAUAAUGUCAAUUUUCUCACCAGCCAGGUCUAGUGUUUCUGAAAAUUAUUUAGAAAUAAUAAUUCCAAAUUCUUCCAUUACCAUACCUUCCUCAAUUCCACACCUCUUUCCACUCCCUAAUGGACCAACAACAAGUCUUUCCAUUCCAAUAAUCUUCCCACCCACCAUGUCUGAGACUGAGACAGAAGACGGUUGCUCAGAAUCUAACAAAACACCUCGUGCAGAAACACAAGUCUUUGAUUCCAUAGUUCCAGUCUUACCACCAGCCAGAUCUCAAACAGACAAUAGUAGUUCCAACAAUCAUGAAAUAAUUCCCACUAAUCCUUCCAUUUCCAUGUCAGCAAGUCCUAGACAUACAAUCCGAACAGCAAUCUUCAAUCACUUGACUGUUACAUGCACAAGUUGUUGCAGGGCAGGUGGGAUCUUUGAAGAUUGGUAGCUGUGGUGUUUUCCUUGAUUUGUGCUAAGAUAGUUGGUAUUUUAAUGUUAUGUCAGUUGUAGUUUCUUUAAUGUUGAGUUGUUAUUUUGUUCUAACUUUUAGGAAUUGAGUCUAUUGUUAUUUAGUUCUAUUUUUUAGGAGUUGGAGUUUAAGAGGAUCACGAUUGUGUUAGUGGUCCUGAUUUUAUGCUUUGGAACGUUGCCAUCUACUUGUAUAAAUUCAGUGGCUAUUGGAAUAAAAGUUAUAUGACCCUGAUUUUAUAUGGCCCAAAUUCAGUUGCCAUCUACUUGUAUAAAUUCAAUGGCUAGUGGUCCUGAUUUUAUAUA